ACCGUUUAAUUGCAAAAUCCAAUAACACCAAUAAAAAACGAACUCUUCCCAUUAGUGAUGAAUCUGAAAAUGUGAAUAAUUCAUUAGAAAGUCAAUUAGAAAGUCAAUUAGAAAGUCAAUUGGAAU